UUUGACUUCUCUAACCAGGGGGCUUUCAAGCACUCCUUUCUAUCAGCAGCCCCUUCUCAGGCCAGCCUGGAUACCAAGAAAUCACUGCAGAAGAACCAAAGGGCAUCAUCUAGGUUUCCUGGCUGAUCUUGACCCUGAAAAUUGUCCUAAGGAGAUGGGUUGAGUUUGGGCAUCAGGUUGUUUGUGAAGGAAUUAUGGAUGCCUUGAAGGAGAACAAUGGGGGUUUCUGGUAGACGGGGAAGAUGGGAGAUGUAGUCCAAGCUCAUCUGAAGAGUUGAGGGCUGGCUGAGUUGAGGGAACCUUGUCUUCCAGGUUCAGCUUGUUGGCGAGAACCUCUUGAAAACUUUCUGCCUGGCGACGUUUCAUCGGAACAUACCUUUGAAAAAGAUUUGGACUCGUUACUCACAGUUAUCUCUCUUCUUUUUGUUGUUUUCACCCAGAUAGAAGAAAAAUCUCAUCCUAAUCAUGGCAGGAAUGCUAAAACGGAAACAUGAUGAAUUGGAAGAUGAUGUUUCAUACAUCUCUUCUUCAUCAUCAUCAUCUCCUUUCUCAUCUUCCUCAGCUUUGUCAGGUUGGGAAUCUGACGAAGAAAUCUCUCAAGGAGGCAUCAAGCCCACUGUGGCCUUAAACAUGGAUUUCACCCCAACCUCCAUCCUGAAGAAAAGCAAGCGGCAGAAGCGGGCCAACGUCGAAUUCGACCGGGUCACCGUUUUCUAUUUCCCACGUCGCCAAGGAUUCACCACCGUGCCUAGCUAUGGGGGCUGCACUUUGGGGAUGGCUAGGAAGCAUGGAUUCUCCCGGGAGUUCACCAUCUCGGAGUUUGGCAAACAGCAGCAGAUCGUCCGGAAAGAGAAGGCGAAGGACAGGCUGAAAGAAGAGAAGCUGCAAGCCCUUAAAUCAAAACUGACUAUGAAUGGUACGAAGGAGUCGGAGGAAGCCAAACGGCUGACCAUAGACGAUAUCUCAUUGGACGACAUCGACAUGAGCCAUGUGGAUCUGAACAACGGCCUCUUCCUCCAGCCGUACACCGCCAAGAAGAGGCGCGCCUUGCUCAAGUCCAUGGGAGUCAAGAAGAUCGACAGAGAGGAGAAGCGGCAGCUGCAAAGGAUUCGCAUUUCUCGGGAGAACUGUGGCUGUAACUGCCAGGGGUUUUGUGAUGCUGAAACCUGCAGCUGCAGCUUGGCAGGAAUUAAAUGCCAGAUGGAUUACACCUCCUUUCCUUGCGGCUGCACCAGAGAUGGCUGUGGGAAUACAGAGGGGAGAGUUGAGUUCAACCAAAGUCGAGUGCAUACGCAUUUCAUCCACACCAUCAUGAGAUUGGAAUUGGAAGAGAACCAAAAAAACGGCAACAGUAAUCCUGAGCCUGAGCUAUCCUUCCGGGACCAUCUUCGCCCAUUUGCCAACCAGGCUUCCUAUGAAGAAAGGGACGUCACGCUGACGCCCGCCUUCAACUUCACCACCACCUUGGAGACCGUCAGCGAGAACAGCUGCAGCAGCAACAUGACCGACUCAUCGGCAUCAUCCAACCAGAGUGAGGAUUUGGAAGAGUUGUUUGAAAGGAACGCCAAGUCACAGUCGGACAUCGAUGACAACGGCCUGGCUCGGAUCCUCCACUUCAAUGAUUCGGAUGGAGAAGAAGAAGACGACAUCAGUAGCGUUGGCCACUGCCAGGAUAAUUUGAGUUCUUUCAACCCUUGCGAUUUCUUCAGCGUGGAUGUGGAGAACCAUUGUGCCACCAGCCCUGUUGAAGAGAUCGGCUUCAGCAGUAGUUCUGGUUAUUUAAGAAACGUCAGUGAAUGCUUGGACGAGAACACCAAUCAGGGGCCGAGUGGUGUCCUUGAGGAGAUCCCCGCUGGACAGGAUGAAGAAGAAGGUACCAGCUAUUCCCCAUCUUCCUUUGAAGAAGUGGACUCCAAGAACUACAUGGAUCUGAGUUUUUCCUCCGACUCUUUGGAUGUUUUCCAGUCCUUUUCAGAUUAUAAUCUGGGACCUCUGUAUAACUCCCUGAAGGAGUACGAGAAUGUGGACAACUUCACCGUUUUGCAACUGCAGGUGCCAAAUCUGCCCACCUUGAUUCAGCCUGCAGAUCAGAACAGUUGCUUUCUGGAGUCCUUGAUCGGGUUGUCUGAAUCCAUCCCAGAAAUCCCUGCACCUUUUUCAGACAACCAGCUUCUCGAAGAUGCCAUAAAAUCAUCUCUAGUGGAGACCAUGAAGGUUUAAAAAUUUUGUACUUUUUUGUUUGUUUGUGUGUGCCUGAAAGGAAAGGCUGGACAGUUCCACAUUUCUUACGAUGAAUAAAACAUUCCUUUUCUGUUAGGUGCUGGGAAGAAGAUCUUCCUAAGCAGAUAAAUCAAUAUUAUUUUUAUUUUGGACACUUUGUGGAGAGAAAAAAAAAAGUGCUAAAGUUUUUGUUUUGUUUGUUUUUUACUAUUUGUGAAAACCUUUUGAGAUCUUAAUGGCAUUUCUGGGGGUGGGGGUGGAAGGCGAAUUUUGCAAAUUCAAACAUAAUUUUCUUGCAUUUUGUAUGAGAAGGGGGGGGAUGGGGAGACUUUGUAAGGAAUAUCACUUGUAUAUCUUUAAGUUUGUGGAUUACUGACCCAGGCACCUUCUACAAAAUAUGCUGAAAUAUUUGUGGACAAUUUUUCUGCAAUUGCUUCGUGAGAAUUACAGAAGUGUAUUUAUUGUGCAAAUGAUUUUGCUAUUGAUGAAAUGGGAAAACGUUUACAACCGGGGAAAUAAUUAUGUUGUUUGCCUUAUUUCUUUGCUCCCCUAUUUAUUGGAAAGGAUCACCAAUUUAAACAAGCUUCAACAAAGCAUGGGAUUUUAUUUAAAUUAGUUAUAGAUUAUGUUAUAUAUAUAUAUUAUGUACAAUCAUUUUCUUUUUGCAUAAUAUAUAUUAUUAUUUAUUUGUCACAGGCUUCUCAGUUAGGCUGUGGCCAGUUAAGGUGCUGAAAGGGAAAGAGAUAUUUGGCAGACCAGCCCUUGAGGAUUUAUUUUGCAUUAGGUAUCCCUUACUUCGUCUCCCCUUCGCCUCCUUUGGAUUAAACACCAAGAUGAAGACAUCUUAAACUGCAUCUUCUCCUUCCACCCUCCCUCCCUCCCUAAUUUCUUCCUUCCUUCCCUCCCUA